UGUGCUUCAAGAAUGGACAGAAAAUGUGGGAAAUACGUAGUGAUGGAACACUCUGGAAACCAGCCUAUGAGUAUUGGUGGCACCACCGUGCCAUUCCCGAACCUUGGAAACGAUGAAGCUCAGAGUUCAGCCUGUAAGUUUGCAACAUCAAUUGAUGUAACUGGUGAUGCUGGUCCCAAUUUAAAUGACAUCUGCAUCAACAGAGGGACCCUUGGACUUGCAAAAUUUCCAAACAGAGAAUCCCAACAUUUUCAGGUGACACGAAAUUUGUUUAGUGGCUGGUCUCUGUGGAAAAUAUUCCUGGCUUGUCUCUUAGCUUCUGUGAUAACAGUGGCAAUUGGAGUACUCAUAGUGUCUCUGGUGUAUAAUGGGAAAAAUAAUAAUGCCCCCAUUUUUAUACAACUUACUCAAAACCAGGGGACAAUCUCAUUGACUGAAACAGGCUCAUCUGAUAGUUCCAAAACUACAGUUGCCACUAGCACAAUAGAUUCUACCACAACAUCCGGUACCAUGACUACCAUCACUGAGCACACUUCAACGGAACUUACAAGUAUACCAACCACUGAUUCCACAGAAACCACAAUUGCAACAGACGCCACUUCAACUGCAAAAACGAUCACAGAUAUAACUGAGGGUAUGACCAAAACAGCCACCACUGCUUCCACCACUUCUCCUGAGACUAUGACUACCACAGUUGCCACCACCACACCUCAACCAACUACCACGACAACGACUACAACUACCACAGUUGCCACCACCACACCUCGACCAGCUACCACGACAACAGCCGGCACUACCACUGAGUUGCCACCACCACACCUCGACCAGCUACCACGACAACAGCCGGCACUACCACUGAGGCUGAAACCACAACAGACACAACUGAUUCGUCCACUUAGACUACAACUACCACAGUUGCCACCACCACACCUCGACCAGCUACCACGACAACAGCCGGCACUACCACUGAGGCUGAAACCACAACAGACACAACUGAUUCGUCCACUUAGACUACAACUACCACAGUUGCCACCACCACACCUCGACCAGCUACCACGACAACAGCCGGCACUACCACUGAGGCUGAAACCACAACAGACACAACUGAUUCGUCCACUUAGACUACAACUACCACAGUUGCCACCACCACACCUCGACCAGCUACCACGACAACAGCCGACUACAACUACCACAGUGGCCACCACCACAACUCAACCAACUACCACAACAACGGCUGGCACUACCACUGAGGCUGAAACCACAACAGACACAACUGCUUCCACCACUUCUACUGAGACCACGACUACCACAGUGGCCACCACUUCAGCUGAACCAGCUAGCACAACUACUGUUAGUACCAUGGGUGAUUCCAAUACAUUCCAGAGUCCAUAUGACCAUGAAGUUCAGAGUUCAGCAUGUCAAUUUCCACUGUCAGUGGAUGUCAGUGGUGAGGUUUGUACCAGUGUCACUGCUGCCUGCAUCAGUCCAGAGAGACAAUUCCAAUAUGGAGAGCAAAGGAACCUGCAACCACCACAGCAGACAACUCCACCACUUAUGGCAACUGAACCUGUUGCCAUAAAGCCCACUACCACCAUGUCCCCUGAACCUGCAACCAACACAGUUUCAGCUGAACCUAUAGACACCAACUGCCACAACCUCCACUUCAGCUGA